AUGUUUCUCUCCUGGGUGAAUGUAACCGUCUCCAGCUAUGUCGACCUUCUUUGGUACUUGACCUCAAAGCCCGUCGAAAAAAAAACCGACGAUAAGCCCCAGCUUCAGCUGGCAGCGAAAUCCGGGCUUUUUGGGAAACUUUUCAAGCCUACCAGCACUCGCAAACCAGGUGAUGACGUGCCUCCGCCAGUGGUCAUUCCUGCUUCGGGGGGUCGGCCCCGUCUCUAUGCUCUCAUCAUCGGCAUAAAUAACUAUGAUCACCAAAGGAAACUUCACGGCGCAGUUCCCGACGCUGACGCCAUCAAAGAUUACCUCGUCAACGAGCUAAAGGUUCCUGAGGGGCAGAUUGUUAACCUUCGAAACAGCGAGGCGUCUCGUACCGCUAUCAUUGAUGCCUUCAAUAGAUUGCGGGAUCACCCCGAUAUCAAGGAGGACGAUCCGAUUCUCAUUUACUAUGCUGGCCAUGGGGGUACUCUAUCGGCGCCGCCAGGCUGGGAAUCGGGGAGUGGUGCCAAAAUACAAACCAUAGUCCCACAAGAUUAUGACCCCACCGAAGGCAAGGAGGUUUACCCCAUCCCGGAUCGCACGAUCGGUGGUCUGAUUGACGGGAUAGCAAAUAAGAAAGGGAACAAUAUCACUGUUGUCUUUGACUGCUGCCACUCUGGUUCAGGCACCCGAGAUGACGAAGCAGAAGAACAUGAGCGGUUCACGCGCGCAGCUGAUUUCACGAUUCCAGGAAAGCCGGUUGACGUUACGAUUUCGAUUCCCAAGGAUCUCGAUCUACCCAUCUGGCAGAAAGAUUCAGCAACUCGUGGAGCCAGAGUACCGGUCGGUUUCGUUAACAAGGGCGUGCGGUCGCACAUUCUUCUCGCUGCUUGUAGUGCGGAUGAACUUGCCAAGGAGGAGAAGGGUCAUGGAUGUUUCACCAGCGCCUUCCUUGCGUUGCUCAAGAACGUUGGCGCAGAACAGCUGACCUAUGUCGAGACUUUAGACAAGAUGGAGCAGAUAGCUGGCCAAAAUCCGCAAUGCGAAGGUGCCUAUAGAGAUCGCAUUUUCUUUGACGCCAAAGCUCCUACCCCAGGCCGUGCAUGCUAUAACGUAACGUUCGAAAAUUCCGCUUACAUCAUGAAAGCUGGCUCGGCGCAUGGCAUUGGCCAUGGCGCUGAGUUUACCUUGUACAAGGACCAAGCCUCUCUUCUCACCACUCCACUCGGCGUCAUGACUGUCAAAAAGAUUACGCCAUUCAAAACUGAGCUCGAGGCAAAAAAGCAGCCUGGUCCCAAGAUAUCUGGAUCUGUACUCGCUCUGCAAACCAAGGCGGCGAUCGCGGAGGACCUUCUGCUCCACGUUCCUCUCAACCAAGAACUCCUUCCCGUGUUUCAAGCUCUUGCGUCGGAGCUGCAAGGCACAGGUCCCAACUCUUGUAAAAUUUCGCUAUGCGAAGACAGAAAGAAGUCAAGACUCGAAAUUGUAAUAGAGGAUAACAAACUGGUCUUCAACAUCCUUGACCAGCGGGUUCUCAAAUAUGGUUUAAGCCGAAUUCCAUACACCAUUGAACCGGACCCAGAAGACAUCCGCCCCGUCUUGAGGGCGGCUGCCCAUUACUAUUGGCACCUCAAUCGUACGCAACCGAACAACCAAAUCCAGAACAAUAUCAAGGUCGAGUUUUAUAAGCUACAGGAAUCAGAUACCGAUUUCGACGAGGCUGGUAGUCCAGAACGAUACCCAGUCGGAGACAAUCUCUGCCGCCAAGACGUUAUUGAGUUUACCGUGGAUGAUGAAGCUAUAUAUGGGAUCAAGAUCGUUAACAACACCCCAUGGGAUUUGUAUCCAAACGUUUUCUAUUUCGAUAACAGCGAACUGAGUAUCACGGCGUACUAUAAGUGCAAUGUCAGUACCAACUACCGUGUUGACGUCCCUUUACAAAAGAAGGGGGGGACCUUGACUCUCGGUUAUGGUUCAGCGGGAGAAACUCCGUUCGAAUAUUACAUUCCAGAUAAUCAAGACCUGGAUGUCGGCUUCCUCAAGACAUUUUUGUCUACAGAGCCUCUCGACCUUUCUAAGAUCCCCCAGCAUUCUCCCUUCGUUGAUGCACGUGGCAUGGGAGCUGCGAACAGAGAUCCCACUCCGACUUGGGGAAGCAUUCUCGUGCCUGUGGUCCAACAUCGCACUCCAUAG